AUGUACGAUUUUCAGUAUAUCGAUUCGUUAACAGAUCUCUCAGCAUGUAUCGAUAAACGAUUAAUGUGUGAGAAAUGUUGGUGGACAAAAGAUUGCUGUUUUAAGGAGAAAUGUAAAAUUCGUUCGUGGCAGCGACAUUUUAGUACAAAACGAUUUGUACUGAAGCAUUACGACGAACUGGUGGAAGCUUUCCGAGCACUUGGCUGGCCGAUGCCGCAAAGAAAGCGCAAAGGUGACGAUGGUGAAAUGAAGUUUGAACCGAAUCAUCCGAGUCGCCCUGCUGGAUCCAUGAAGAAAAUGAACACAAAUUGA